ACGAAUAUUUUUUCCCACGCGACACCUUUUCUCUCUCUUACGCCGUCCCCAACCCAACGGCGAUCAUUCCGCAAAAUUCCCCCUUUGCAAUGCCCAUCAAUGUCUCUGUAACUCCCUAAAAAAAACUCUAAUUUCAAACCCCGCAAUGCUCUAACCAGCCCAUCAUCAUCAUCCUAAUCAAUGGAUUCAAAGCAGCUCAUCGACUCUCUCACCUCACACAUCUCUCUCUACCACUCUUCUUCAUCUUCAUCCUCAAACCCUAAUUCUAACCCUAGAUCGUCAAUUCUCAAAUGGUUCUCUUCUCUCUCUGUCCAUCAACGCCAAGCCCACCUCACCAUUGUCGAUCACAAAUUCGCCCAAGUCCUCCUCCAAAUGCAGGGGAAGCUCCGAUCGAACGGUCAUGGUUUCUUCAUCGUCCUUUCGGAUAUACCCUCGAGUGAUGGGUUGGGGCUUCCUAGUCUCUGUUAUCGUAGGUCUCAUGGGUUGUUAGCUAGGGUAAGCGAGUCAGACGAGUUGGAACGGUUAAUUUAUGGGUCCAUUCGGUUGUUUAAUUCGAAAGAAGGAGAGAGAGUUGAGGAGUGUUCGUGCUCGGUGAAUUGUCUUGAUUCGGUCACGGUGUGUGAGGAGUUUGUGGAAAGUGUGGAUAGGUUUGUUGCGGCAAUGGAUGGAGUGUCAAGUGGGGGUUUUUUGAGGGAGGAGGAAGGUGAGUUGGGCUCGGAAUGGGUUGAAUUGGAGUGGUUGAAGGGGAAGGGGUAUUACAGUAUCGAGGCAUUCGUGGCGAACAGGUUGGAAGUGGCCUUGAGGUUGUCAUGGUUGAAUUAUAAUAAUGGGAAGAAGAGAGGGGUGAAAUUGAAAGAGAAGGUGAGUGCUGCGGGCGUGGCAGCCAAUGUGUAUUGGAGGAAGAAGGGGUGCAUGGACUGGUGGGGGAAGUUGGAAGCUGCAACUAGGAGGAACGUUUUUCGGGUAGUCUUGGGAAAAUCAGCUAAAUCUCUGACGGCUGAAAUCUUGAAGAUGACAAAUUGCACCUUGGAGGAUCAAACAUGGCUCUUCAGUUCAGGAGCGGAACGGUCAUUGAGAUUCAACUAUACCAUGUCGUCACAAAGGACUAUCCCGACACUCCCAGGAACAGAUGCAGAAUUUAGCCUGGCUGCGAGGCCUGUUUCAGUUUCUGGAAAGCCUUCUUCUGUAGCCUAUAUGUUCUAUGGUUUGUUUGUUCUUCAGGAAAUUGUCACUAUUUUAUUAGCAUGUCAGCACAGCGAAUUCGAUAAAGAGAAAGUACUUUUUAGCACAUUAGCUUCUGUCAGUUCCAUUUCGGAUUGUAUAUUUAGGAAAUUGCGGGGUCUUCUCAUGGUUGUUUCACUUGAUUGUACCAAACUUGAGCUACUAGAAGAAGGAAAUUCAAAAAUUCCCACAAAGAAAUCCAAAGAGAAACUUGGUGCAGCUACCCGAAGGAAAAAGGGUAGGACACACAAUAUGAAAAGGUUAAAUCCUGUUCCAAGAUCCUCUGGAGAUGAUGUCAGAAUUGAUAAAGCCACCAAGGUAACAAUUUUUUUUUUCCUGUUGAAACGUGGACGAUUGGUUAAUGGAAAUGUCCAAAGUGCUGUCAGGAAGACUAGGAAACAGAACAAUGAAGUUAAGAAGUCUGGCUUGAAUGAUCCAGUUGAAGCUGGAAAUUCUCAAACCAGAGCCACGUCUCCCUCUGUUAUUUCUGAAGUUGAGGCUGCAAAGUCUAAUUGGGUAUCUGAAAAAUCAGUUAUUCAGAGAGUUCCAAAUCAUGUUUCAACUGGUAAUGACAAACUUGUGCCAAAUUCAAGCCCUUGUACUGGUGGGCCUACUAUGGAGGACAAGCUGACUGAAAGAAAUGAAGAUUAUGUUGUUGGUUGUACAGAAGAGAGCAGUCUUCCUGGUUUGAGGCAUUACCAAUACUCGGACAGAGUGAAAGAAAAUCACUCCAUUUCUUCCAAGUCAGAAACUGUAAGUAAUAUUGCGGACUCCAACAUAAUACCUCCUGUUAUGCCCGUGGUUGGACUUGAUGAUGUUAUCCACAAUGAAGAUACUAACUGUAGAAACUGUGAACAUUUAAGAGGAACAGACUCUAAAUCAGUCUUUUCUGAAGCAAGAACCAAAGGUGUUGAACCACAAGAGGAAAUUACCCCAAUUCAAGAGCAAAAUAGUGGAAGCAUUUACAACACCGAGCCCAUGCAUUCUCCUUCACAUGAGUGGCCCAGUGUAGCUCCUGUGCACUUUCCAUCUGUUAAUUCACAUCUCCCAGCUGCAACUGAUAGAUUGCAUCUGGAUGUUGGCCACAACUGGAAAAAUCAUUUCCACCAACCCUUUGUACCAACAGUGCAUCAGGUGAGAAACCCUCCAACUGAAAAUGGGUGCAGUCGAAUUCUGUCUCAACCACUGCCGAUGAGUCUAGACUGGCCACCAAUGGUACGUAAUGGCUGUGGAUUGUCUCCAUCAGUGACAUGCAGUUAUGACUCUGGGUUCAUCCCAAGGCGGCACUCUUCUUUUCAUCAGGGUUUUGCUGCUCAAAGCGUGCAACAUGGCGCCACAACCACUGAUGAUGAAAGGAUAAUAUAUUCUGGGGAUUAUGUGGACUUGUCUGAUAUGAUGAAUUCUCAUGAACUAACAGAUGAACAAGAUAACCAUUGGAUAUCUGAAGAAGAGUUGGAGGUGCAUGCAGUUUCUGGAAUGGACUAUAGUCAGUAUUUUGGUGGUGGUGUGAUGUACUGGAAUCCUUCCGAUCACCCAGGGACCAGUUUCUCUCGUCCUCCCUCUCUUAGUUCUGAUGAUAGUUCAUGGGCUUGGCCAGAAGCAGACAUGAAUAGGGCUGUCGAUGAUAUGCUUGCCUUCUCUUCAUCUUAUAGUACGAAUGGAUUGACUUCACCUUCUGCUGCUUCUUUUUGUUCUCCUUUUGAUCCUUUGGUACCAGGACACCAGGCUGUUGGCUAUGUUAUACCAGGAAGUGAGGUAACUGGCAAGUUGCUGCACUCCUCAACAAUGACAGAUGUAGUGUCCGAGGAUAAUGUCUCUGGAUCUUUGUCCAAUUUGCCUGGUGAUGGUGAAGCGAAGACAGGAGAUUCACUUCCUUACCCCAUUUUGCGUCCCAUUAUCAUUCCAAGUAUAACACGGGAUAGAUCAAGGUCUGAGUUUAAGCGUCAUGAUCUUAAAAGCCCAUGUGUCCCUCCCAACCGGCGGGAUCAACCUCGGAUCAAGAGGCCACCUUCACCAGUAGUGCUUUGUGUUCCACGUGCUCCUCGGCCACCUCCACCCUCUCCUGUAGGCGAUUCCAGAAAACACAGGGGUUUUCCAACUGUUCGAUCUGGUAGCUCCAGUCCAAAGCACUGGGGUGUUAGAGGUUUGUUCCAUGAUGGCAUUAGCUUUGAGGAAGCUUGUGUACGCAUGGAUGGCAGUGAAGUAAUUUGGCCCUCUUGGAGAGAUAAAAGGCUAUCAUCCCACACAAUGAUUCAACCGCUACCAGGGGCUCUGCUGCAGGAUCGCCUAAUUGCAAUCUCCCAGCUUACUCGUGAUCAGGAACAUCCAGAUGUUGCAUUUCCUCUUCAGCCACCAGAGUCAUUGAACUGUCCGACACCCAAGGCAUCUCUAUCUUCGAUGCAGAGCCUCCUUCAUGAUGAAAUUGAUGCCUUUUGCAAGCAGGUUGCUGCAGAGAAUUUAACAAGGAAACCUUACAUAAAUUGGGCUAUCAAGCGGGUCACACGUUCUCUCCAAGUCUUAUGGCCCCGUUCUAGGACAAACAUAUUUGGUUCAAAUGCAACUGGGUUGUCCCUUCCAACAAGUGAUGUGGAUCUUGUGGUUUGUCUCCCUCCAGUGAGGAAUUUGGAACCUAUUAAAGAAGCUGGGAUUUUGGAGGGACGCAAUGGUAUUAAAGAAACUUGCCUCCAGCAUGCAGCUAGGUAUCUUGCUAACCAGGAGUGGGUUAAAAGUGAUUCUCUCAAGAUUGUAGAAAAUACUGCAGUUCCCAUCAUCAUGCUUCUUGUUGAAGUUCCUCAUGAUCUGAUUACCCCUGCUGUUUCCACCAUAUCUACACUGAAAGAAGAACCGACUGAGGUGAUUAGUGGACACAAUCCUUUUCAGACCAAUAUGGCUAAUUUGGAAAGCUCUGCUUCACCAAAGUGUUCAAAUAUGAAUACUGAUGAUGACAAGGAUAUGAAAUCAAUUCGUCUUGACAUCAGUUUCUUGUCGCCAUCACACACAGGACUCCAAACUACUGAACUGGUUAAAGAGUUGACUGAACGAUUCGCCGCUGCUACACCCCUUGCUUUGGUACUAAAACAGUUCUUGGCAGAUCGUAGCCUGGACCAAUCUUAUUCAGGUGGCUUAAGUUCAUAUUGUCUGGUGUUACUUAUCACACGUUUUCUUCAGCAUGAGCAUCACCAUGGACGGCCUGUUAAUCAAAACUUCGGAAGCCUUUUGAUGGAUUUUUUCUACUUUUUUGGGAAUGUGUUUGAUCCUCGCCAAAUGUGUAUUUUUGGUGCUCUCUUAUUUAUUUAUUUUUCUAUCUACUCUUGAAGAGGAUACAGCAUCGAUCCAAUCUACAUUGAUGAUCCACUUUUUCCAACUAAUAAUGUGGGCCGGAAUUGCUUCCGAAUACACCAAUGUAUCAAGGCAUUUGCAGAUGCUUACUCCACUCUAGAGAAUGAGCUUACAUGUCUUCCCAAUAAUGGCGAAUCAAGUACAAGGCCUGUAUAUAAUCUACUUCCAAAAAUUAUUCCAAGUAUCGGUCUUUUAUAAGGCUUCCAAUUAGCUGAAGAAUCUCUAUAUGUUCGGAAGAACUAUAUGUGUGAUAUAAAGCUGCAGUUAAUCAUCUGAUCUGAUGAAUCCUGUGGACUCUGCAGCCUGUGCUGAAAGCAUCGGGAAAUUGUUAUCCCAAGUCGUGCCCCUUUGAAACAGCUUAACAACUUGAAAUUGUGGAGUUGAGUCAGUGAGGAACCAAGUUUCCUUGCCCGACCUUGGAUUUGGCAUGUCAGACUAGUUGGUCUACCUUUUUUCGGAAUGUGAACAGAUGUUACUCUGAAUCCAUUUAUGAGAAGCUAUCUAGUUCUAAAACGAGCAACAAUUCUAUCAAAAGAGAAACGAGUCAACACAAUCAUGCUGUCUCAAUGUGAACAGAGGAUUGGCAAAGCCUAGGAGUGAGGCCGAUGCAUAGUAACCAGCAGUCAGCUAAUGCCCCUGCACAGACUAAAAUUCUUCAACAAAUUGAAGCAUCUCAAAACCAAAUUAGACAGAAAAGUCUCCUCUAGAACUUCUGAUCCUUGAUCUUCAACAACGGAUCCAAUCCAUUCACUAGGAGUUAUUACGGAUGGUUCUACUCUUCCAAUACUUUCACUGGUUCUUUUUCCCAAAAGAGAAUCUGAAUUGGGAAACAGAUUAUUGUUGAAAAUGUUGCAUUUUCGAAAAGGUGCUUCGAUUUAUCUUUGAUUCAAGUCUGUUUAGCCGGAGGCUAGUGCUGAGUGAGAGCCUGCAUUAGUGGUGCAUCCAGGACAAGAACUAUCGUCCUUGUUCAUUUAUUCAAAGUUGUAUUCUGGGACAGAGAUGGAAUGACAAGAAUGAACUGUGUCUGGUCCCUGCCAAGGGACGACCAAAGUAUUAUUGACAUCAUGAAAAGUCUAAAUCAUACAAAGCAAGGCUGGUCCAGGACGGCAAAUGAGAAAUGGAAUUGCAUAUACUGGGGUUGUUGGUGCUGAAUCGCAGGCUGGCCGUUCCAUUCUCCCAAAGAAAAUGCUUUGGUUUGCAGAGUGCAUCAUCUGAUCACCUGAUUGAUGGAUCAAGCUGAAGAAUCCAUGGCAGAACUCAUUUUUAGUAGCAGCACUGUU